UCAACGGCAGAUGGUGCUGACUUUGUCACUCGAAACGUCACGUUGAAAUUAUGUUGACAAAUGCAAAAUGCGAAAUGCUGCGAGGCUCCGGAUUGUCGUCCGCCGGCUUGAGCUUUAUGUAACUACGCAUGGUCGAGCAUGAUUGAUUAUCAGCGGUCAUGUGAAAUCUUGACGCGACCUCAUUCACGCUUCUGCGUCGCUGAACAAGCUCAGCUGUCGCGGUGUCUUGAUGAUUAUCGUGUGCUAUCGCGUUUGAUCGAUCUCCCGUUUAUUGAUUGUUGAUCGAUCAUAGACUUCUUACGAUGCUGGAAGGUGUGAAACACGUACUCUUAGUGCUCUCGGGAAAAGGCGGCGUUGGCAAAUCGACGAUCAGCACUCAACUAGCUCUUGCUUUGAAGGAAUCGGGCUUUCGUGUCGGAAUUUUAGAUGUUGACCUCUGUGGCCCCAGCGUACCUUACUUGCUAAACUUGGAAGGGGAAGAUGUUCACCAAUCCUCCGAGGGAUGGAUACCAGUGUUUGCCGAUCCAGAGCAGAAAUUGGCCGUCAUGUCGAUUGGUUUCCUCUUGAAGAAUCAAAACGAUAGUGUAGUCUGGCGUGGUCCCAAGAAGACCGGCAUGAUCAAGCAAUUUCUGACGGAUGUGGUUUGGCAGGACAUUGAUUAUCUGAUCAUCGACACACCACCUGGUACCUCCGAUGAGCACAUCACAGUUAUGGAAAACCUAAGAAACGUGAAUUGCGACGGUGCAAUUAUAGUAACCACUCCGCAGGCGGUUGCAGUGGACGACGUUCUGCGAGAGGUGACGUUUUGUAGGAAAACAGGAAUUCCCAUAAUCGGCAUCGUGGAAAACAUGAGUGGCUUCGUUUGUCCCUCAUGCACAGAAUGCACCAACAUAUUCUCUUCGGGAGGAGGGAUAGUCCUCUCCGAGAUGGUGAAGGUUCCGUUUCUAGCAAAAGUACCCAUAGACCCACAAAUUGGUAAAUUAGCAGACAAGGGACAAAGCGUCCUCGUAACGUUGCCCGACAGUCAAGUCGCACAAGUAUUCAGGAAACUAGUCGAACAGCUCACCAAGAGCAAGGAAGCUUAAGAAUUGAUCUUUUCUGGCACAGUGUGUGUGUGUGGUUUCCAGUAAUGCACCCGUAUAAUACACGUACUCAUGAUACACGCAAGUAUCGAAGAUACUGUUUUUAUACUACAGUGUGUACAGUUGUAAGAACAAUUAAAGAAUCACAUUAUUUUGUCACUUAUA